GCCAGGGAGCAAGGGACGUGGGGGGAGUGUAAGGGGAUGUGGGUUGAAGGGUAGGUUCCUGGUGACACUUCUCAGAGGGGAGAAAGAGUGGAUGUAAGAGGAGAAGUGGGGGAAAAAAAAGACAUCGGGGUGGGUUUCAAGUCAGCGUGAGCUGUCAGAGGGGAAGUGCAGAGGUGUGAGGAGUCACUGUGAGGGACGGAGGAACAUGUUGGAGAAGAAGAAGGUAUAAGAGAGAAAACAAUGAAGUGCUGAGUUGAGAAGAAGAGGGAAUCACUUGUCUGGAAGGAGUGGAGAAGAGUUGAGGAAAGGUGCAAGAGGUGUGUUUGCUGCAAGAAUGGGGUGCAUUCACAGUACAAGCACUGUUCGGAUAAAAAACCACGGAUCUGAUUCAGAAACUGGAGGAAUCCCCACGAAGGUAGACCCUGAGGUAUCUCCUGAAAUCCUUCAACUUGCUGAGCUCUCCAAAUCAGGGAACCAUGCCUUCACAUUGAAGACCCCAAAGAGGAGACGGAUAUGUGACGUGUGUAAGCAGAACAUUGACACCCCUGCGGCUUUCUGCAAGGAGUGCAAAGUUACAGUUCACAAGAUGUGUGAAGCCAAGGUGACUCUCAGCUGCAGCUCAACACCAGAAGUGCACAGCUCCACUAAAUCAACGUCACAGAAAAAGAGAGGCUCCAUACCAAGAAGUAAAAGUGUGGAACGAGUUAUGGAGCAUGUGAUGGAGCACCACUAUGACUUUGACCUCACCUACAUCACAGAGAGGAUCAUCUCUGUCUUCUUCCUGCCGGACCUGGAGGAGCAGCAGUACCGCAGAAACCUACAGGAAGUGGCCUCCAUGCUAAAAUCCAAGCACCAAGAUAAGUUUCUGCUUCUCAAUUUAUCAGAGAAGAGACAUGACAUCACCAGACUCAACCCAAAGGUGCAGGACUAUGGCUGGCCCAAUCUUCAUGCCCCACCCCUGGACAGGAUUUGUGCUGUUUGUAAAGCCAUGGAGACCUGGUUAACCUGUGACCCAAACAAUGUAGUGGUCCUUCACUGCAAAGGAAACAAAGGAAAAACGGGGGUCAUUGUGGCAGCCUAUAUGCACUACAGCAAGAUAUCAGCUGGAGCCGACCAGGCCCUCACCACACUGGCUAUGAGGAAGUUCUGUGAAGAUAAAGUCUCCUCUUCCCUACAACCCUCUCAGAAGAGAUACAUCUACUACUUUGGUGGUUUGCUAUCAGGUACCAUCAAAAUGAACAGCAAUCCCCUGUUCCUUCACCAGAUCCUCAUUCCUUCACUACCAAACUUCCAGGCAGGAGGAGGAUUUUAUCCCUUCCUGAAAAUCUACCAGUCUCUUCAACUGGUCUAUACCUCAGGAGUCUAUGAUCCACAAAGCUCCAGGGCAAGAAAACUGUGUGUGACUAUGGAGCCAGCGCUACUAUUAAAGGGAGACAUUAUGGUAAAGUGCUAUCACUGGCGGAGACAAGCAACAGAAAGGGAGGUGGUCUUCAGGGUCCAGUUCCACACCUGUACUGUUCAUGGAGCCCAGCUGUGGUUUGGCAAGAGUGAACUCGACCAAGCCUGCAAAGAUGACAGGUUCCCCCCUGAUGCUACAGUGGAGUUUAUCUUCUCUAAUGGACCAGAGAAAAUGAAAGAUCAGGAAUACCACAAGAAUGACGCCUCCAUCAAAGUGGACUACAACACCUUGGACCCUGUUGUCAGAUGGGACUCCUAUGAGAACUUCAAUCUGCAUCAUGAAGACAGCCUGGAAAAUAUCUCUCAUACAAGGGGCCCUCUGGAUGGAAGCUUGUACGCCCAAGUGAGGAAGCGACGUGGACCGGGAGCAACUGCCUCACCAGCAUCAACCAAUAGCUGCCUCACUAGCAGUCCAACAGUGAAGUCCCAAACUUCCACCCAGUCCCAGCCUCUCACCUACACUUUUAAUUCCAACUGCUCCUCAGUCCCCUCUGAUCGCCUAGGUGACACCUCUCAAUCCAUUCGUAAAAGAGAAAAUAAUGACUAUCCAUUGAGGAGAGGAGAUAGGGAAGACGAAACAAAGGAAAAGACAAGAGGAAAAGAAAGGGACAGAGAAACAGCAAUUUUAGAUGAUCCAGACCCAUCAAGUCCUGGAGGGUUGAGGCGAGAGCACUCAUGUUGCGGUCGAGCAAGUAUGAAGUGUGGUGACAUGGGGUUGGAGAGGGAGAGAGAACCCUGUCUUCCCAAUAGUCACUGUCUUGGACGUUGCAAAAGCAUUAAAAACCACCCAAAAAGCCAAACUCUGCCAGUUUUACCAUCCAAAUCAGUGUCCCCUCAUCCUCACUCAGCUCAUAUGGAGCUCUGCCAUCGCCACAGUGCCCAUCCUCUACCAGAGUUGCCAUGGGAACGUUCAACCCCUCCUGUAUCUCUACCCUUUGUCCAUAGGCCACGCUAUCCUUAUUCCUCCCCUGAACAUGCACACCCACACAGCCACACCCUGCCAGCCUCAAACAGACUUUGUACAGGGGAAGAGUGUCACCUCCUCCAUUAUUCCAGCCAUGGCCCAGGGUCUCACCUCUCCAACCAGCUGCAGCCAUCAAGCCCUUACAGAGAAAUGUUCUUUGGCUCUCCUACACAGUCCUCUGGUUGCCCCUGUCAAGACUGUUCUGGCAGACGAGAGCACCAAUCAGCCUCAGUCAAAACAUUACACUCAGCAUACCCAGACCAAUUAGAAGCCUUACACUGGUCUCAAGGAACAGGUGUACCUCCAACAUGGGAAACUGAAAAUCCAUGGGACAUUGCAAGAGAGGCAGAAUUUUGGCAAUGCAAAUCCACUAUGCCUGUAUUUCACCUCUGCCAACCCUCUCUGGACCGAGCUCCAAAUCUGGAACACCCUAGAUUUGCCUUUGCACCUCACCAGAACUACCCAAUCCCCCAGUCACUAAUAGAUAUACGGGAUGGGGCCAGCAGUGGAUACCACACACCUCCACAGCCACGCCACUCUUGCCCCUGUUCACCUUAUCAGUCAUCUCCAGCCGAAAGUCAUGAGAGCCGGGGUUAUGCCUCAGGGUAUCACUCUGGAUCAGCCUCCCCUCUACCUGCCAAUAGCCCAUCUCCUGGGAGAGGAAGGCUGCCCGAGACCCCAUUAGGAUCCAAAGACCAAACACACACUGAGCAUCACAAAGUGGAAAAGGCCAAGACAGGUGCUGAAGAUGACAUAUCCCAACAUUCAGAGACUAAGUCUGAUUCUAAUGGUCAGUCAAGCACCCCUGGACCGGACUCUGAUCAUGACUACACACUUAUUGGUAGCAGCAGCCCCACACACACAGAAGACAGUGUAAAUGCUGAUAGCCCUUCUCAAAGCCAAGAAACACCUCAAGAGUCCAACACAAGUAACAGCAAAACCGUGAAACCGACAGAAACACAAACUCAAGGUUCAAUCAUAUCUAUAAACCCCACCCAACCAUCAAGUGAGACUUCUGAGAGUAGGGGUCCUGAUGGUAAGCUUGGAGCACCCAAGGUCACGGGACAUGCAGAUGGAUCGAAUCCAUCACAUGCUUCGAGCUAUGCAACUGUCAUUAUCACCCCAGUUCAAGUGCAACUCAAUGGUUCUGCGCUCCCUAAUGAUAUCCCGUCUGACUGCAGCAGAGGUGUAUCUAUAAAUGCUCCAGCCAGUUUAAGUUCUAGCCCUUCCACCACUUCCCCAAAUUCUCCUAUUGGCUCCCCGGAGUUACAGUCCUCUCCUCAGCGCUCCACAUCUGCCACAGACACAGGAGGACAAAGACUGACUCCAGACAGAGACAGCUCAGCUGACACUAAACCACCUUCACCUCUUCCUGAUGGAUAUCAUACACCCAGCUUUCCCUCAGCAUCCUAUUACUACUCAUUACUAAACGUCCCCCAUGUCCCAUACACGGGGUACACUGCAGUCACUAUCCCCCCCAUCCAGCCACCGCUCCCAGAGAAAAAACGUUUUUCCACAACAGCAGGAUCCCUGAAUGGACACAACUCUCUAAUUAGGGCUUCCUCGGCUCCUUCCCCCACUCAUCACGUUACUUUUUCCUCUGCUGUUGGUGAGCAGAGAAGGGGGUCUGCACAACACAGCUGUAGGGAGGAGCCAGACAUCAGGGUGAAUGCUAAGUUUGUCCAGGACAGCUCCAAGUACUGGUACAAACCAGGCAUCUCCAGAGACCAAGCCAUUGCUGUGUUAAAGGACAAGGAACCAGGAAGUUUCCUCAUUAGAGACAGUAAUUCCUUCCAGGGUGCCUAUGGCCUCGCCCUCAAGGUGGCCACCCCUCCUCCCAAUGCGAACUUCUCUGGGAGCAAAGGGGAUCCUCUCGAACAGCUGGUGAGACACUUCCUCAUCGAGUCUGGGCCACGGGGAGUGAAGAUCAAGGGUUGUCAGAAUGAGUCCUACUUCGGAAGUUUAUCGGCUUUAGUGUACCAGCAUUCAAUUACUCCCAUCUCAUUGCCGUGUGCUCUUCGCGUCCCAGAAAAGGAUCUGGUCGGGGAGCUUCAGGAGACGCAGAGUGCAACAAAUACCAGCACUGCAGCUGAGCUCCUCAAACAAGGAGCAGCGUGCAAUGUGCUCUACCUAAACUCCGUGGAAACAGAGUCGUUAACUGGGCCCGAGGCAGUCUCUAAGGCAACCAAGUACACGUUAUCACUGAAUCCACGCCCAGUGGCAACGGGGGUCCACUUCAAAGUGUCCUCUCAGGGUAUCACACUGACGGACAGCAAAAGAAGGCUGUUUUUUAGGAGACACUACCCAAUCAGCAGCAUCACCUUCAGCAGCCUUGACCCUCAUGAUCAGAGGUGGACUAAUUCUGAUAGCACGUCAAGCAAGAUGUUUGGCUUUGUGGCGAGACGGACAGGCACUGCUACAGAAAACGUGUGUCACCUGUUUGCGGAGAUGGACCCCGAACAACCAGCUGUAGCGAUUGUCAACUUUAUCAACAAAGUCAUGCUGGGACCACAGCUAAGGAGAUGAGCAAGCAGAAGAAUUUAAAAAAAGAAACAACAAAAAAAAACAAAGAAACUCUGGACUGUUAGGGAUCUGGGAGAGAUAUUAAAAUGAUUUUUGACAUGUUUUCUAAUGGAGUGUGUAUAUACCAUUUUUCUUUGCAUUUAUACAAGUGGCAUCACUGUGUUUGGCUGUAUGACUGUUUUUAUAAGAGAAUCCUGUUCUGACAAAUCACUGCUCUGUGGGUCAAAGUAUUAUUUAGAGGAAUAGCCAGAGAGUGACCUGACCUUGGUGAUAUUCGCUGAGUAAGACUGAAAAAGAGAUCUUUCUUCUGCUUGUGUUUAUUUUUCCUUUUGUUAUUGUUGUGAAAAUCAUUUUUUAUAUUUGUUAUCAUUUUUCAAACUGUUCACACAAUGAACAAACUUCACAGACAGCAUGAGCAAACGUCCGUGUCAUUUUAAGAACAUUUUCUAUACAUCAGUAUCCAAAGCUAAAGAAAAAAGGCUCAGAAUGUGGCAGAAAGUAAGAGUCAUGUGUUGACUGGCAUAGUUGCAUUUUGUUCCCUAUGCAUCGCUGGAAAGAGUAAAGCAAGUGAGUUCAUGAAAGUGUGUAUUCUGAUGAUCCAAGGAAAAAGUGUCUGUGGCUGCAGUUUAGCUCAUUAAUUACAUAUCUAAAAGGCAAAUCUGAAACAUUAUCAGUUUUGUCCUCACAGCAUGAAUACUAAUAAAAGUAUAACUACGAAAGAGCGUUAACCAGAAUUUAAAAUGCAGACUACAUAUGAGAUAGCAAUAUUUAAAGUAAAUGGAGGUAAGCCUUAAAAUAGAUUUUGACAAAUAUGCAGUAAAUUAAGAGAUCAUAGACGUUACAUGAAUAUGAUCAACUAUUCUUAUGUUAGUAAUAUCAUAAUGAGAAAGUAUAGUUUUCCUGUUUUAAACAUUAAACAGUAUCCAUUAAAUUGAGUAAACUGUUUCACUUUAAACCAAAGACUAGUGUGAUAAGCCUUUUGUUUUUUCCUUCUUUUUUAAAUAUAUUUUUCAGUUUGGUAUUUGUGUGUUUUCUAUACACUGAGACAGUAUCUAGAUGACUUCAGCACAAUUAUUAUUUUUCAUAUUCGUUUUUAUGUAAAAGAAGUAAUAUAUUUUAGGUGUC